CGCAGCGCGGCGCUCCGGUCCUGACGGGACUGCCAGCGCCAGGUUCUGGGCGAGCCCAUCCGUGGGGGGAGGCCGGCGCAUGGCAGAGCGUCCUCGGGCUGGAAAGCUGAACCGCGCCGCCUGCUCUCCCCUCCGCGUGGUAGUGCCCAUGACUAGGGGGAGCCAAGGGCCUGGGGCCGUCGUCGGUGUCGGUUGUCUGGAAUCCGGCCGGUGUUGGAGAUGCGGGGCCGGUGUGCGGCCGCCAUGAGGCACCUGCCGUAUUUCUGCCGUGGGGAGGUGGUGAAAGGCUUCGGCAGGGGCUCCAGCCAGCUGGGCGUGCCCACCGCUAACUUUUCUGAGCAAGUAGUCGAAAGCUUUCCAUCCGAUAUCCCUACUGGUAUAUACUAUGGAUGGGCCUCUGUUGGAAAUGGAGAUGUGCAUAAAAUGGUUUUGAGCAUAGGAUGGAAUCCUUUCUAUAAGAAUAUUAAGAAAUCAGUGGAAACACACAUUAUCAACACAUUCAAGGAAGACUUCUAUGGAGAAAUUCUUAGUAUAGCAAUUGUUGGAUACAUUCGAUCAGAAAAGAACUUUAAUUCUUUAGAGACACUCAUUUCAGCAAUUCAGGAGGACAUUGAAGAGGCCAAAAGACAGCUAGAUCUACCAGAGCACCUUAAACUCAAAGACAACUUCUUUCAUCUACCAGAAGGGAAAAUAGUAAACAUCUGAGCAAAACCAGUGUUUUGUUUCCUUGUUAUGGACCUCUUCUUGCCCUAGUUACAUGUCAUAUAUCAUUUGAUGCAGCACAGACUUGUGUAGUAGAUCUGUCUGGAACUGAGUUAAUUCUCUUCACAGCAACUAUUCUGGUGCUGUGUUUUAGAUUUGUGACCUAAUGUCCUAAUGUUUUGUCUGUUCCCCAACAGUGUUUGCACCGUGUCAAGGUCUUUUCUAUUUCUUACUCUGACUUGGGUGCAUCCACUGGGACUGUGAUAGAGGUCAGGAGGGGACACAGCCAUGCAGGUGAUAUGAACUAAUGAAAGAGGUGUUCUGUAUCGCAUAGUGUCAUGCUCUGCAAUAAAAUGGAAGGAGAGUGUGGUUAGCCAUCUUUUCUUGGGUGAGAGCUGGGCAUUGGUCUACCCGUGCAAGAUAAUGAGCAAUAAACAUUUUUCUCUUAUUCCACUUCUUUGUUAAAUUAUUUUGACCCACAAGUUUUCCUACUUUUCCUUUUUACUUUCCCUCUGGGAGCAAGUGGGACUGAGACAGCAGUGCUUAAAUGCCUACCCGGGUUAACCCUCAUCGGCCUGGUUGUGUGACUGUAAUUGGAACUGAACACUGAAGUCUCACAUUGUGAUUUUCUUGUGUUCACUGAUGAUAAAGCAAGUCAUGCAAAAGAAGAAAAGAGUGGUUUCUAAAUAAGAACUUACUGCACUAAACUAUGUUUUGGCCUGUAUUGGUAAGGUUGUUUACAGAUUUAACUCUCUGAAGACACUGACAAUUUUGUCGCUUGUCAUUUAGAUAUUUUCAGCACGCUUUAAUCUUAUACAGAAAACAUUAAAAAAUAAUAUUUGCUGUAUGAAGGAAAAAAAAGAAAAAAAAAGAAAAAAAACAGUUUAUAAUAGACUUUACUGGAUUGCAUGUUGGAAAUGUAUGACAAUUAUCUUGAAAGUAGUGGCUUGCUCUUUUCCUCUUUAAACUAGAGAGAUGAUGGGGAUAUUUUCACCUCUUUUUUUUUUUGUUCUUUUUUCCCAGUGGGAUACAUUCUUGAGUUCGUAACUGCCAAGUUCUUAUUUUGUAUUUUAUUCUUCUGGAGGAACUACAGAAGCCUUGCCUGUCAGUGAAGUAUGUUGUAAAGAAAUAGUUUGAAGGAUAAAUCUUCUUUCAUUCUUGUAUUAUGUCUAAGCUCUUUUAUUAUUAUUUUUUUUCCCCCAUGGAUUUCCUGUGUCAGUUGUGAAAACUGUGGUGCCUUAAGCUGGUUGUCCCAGUAAAGCUGUUCUGUAGCUGCUAGUGAAUGUUACUGUACAAAAAUCUGUUCAUCACUGUUUUCAGGACAGCUGUGCUUGAUGAUAGAAAACAGUAGCAAAAGGAAAGUUUGAAAAACUUAUUUUGCUCCCAGCUUUAACCUAAAAUAUGAAGAAUGUCGACAGUAAAACAAUAAACUUUUCCUUGUGUUUGUCUUCAUGUUAGAGGAAAUGUAAUUGCAUUCAUUUGGUUGAGCGUUCCUGUUUGUGCAUUAUUUAAAAUUAGGUAUUUUAUAUAAUUUUUAAAGUUCAAUACAUGAUCCCUAGUACAGUAUAAAUUCUAUUUUUGUAUUAUGUGCAAAUAACUUUAAUAAGUUGUUGUACUGUACUGUUAAUAAAAGAAUGUAAUUAAAAAGUC